AGACGACUCGAGACCUGUUCGCGCCGGUGGAUCAUCGCUCUACUUACCUGAACAUUUUAACGCCGUUGAUCGCAAUGAGAGAUGGCUUUCCCUGGCUCUAUCCGGAGCGCGAUCACGAGAGGGCCCUUUUGCCCACCAGUCAAGUGCAUGAGUUUCCACCCGAGAGGGCAAUUGUGGGGAUGUGUCAAAGAGCCAUUGGCGUUGGCGUGUUUGAGAAGGCCAAAAGGCGCCGUUUGUUAAUGCCGUACGACCCAGACGGUGGUAUAGGCAGAUGCUGCACCCUUCGUUGUAGCUAUAACCAAAUGCUAAAAUACUGGCAGUUCUAUACUUAUCACUCGCUGGUGCAAUAGGAUUUUGUAAAAGUCUUAUAGGCGCACAUUAUUCGAUCGAUUGAUAACUGCCAGGGUCACGCAUACUACUGACCCACAAUACCACACAAC